CAGCGAGAAUAUCCUUGUGGGCACUUCCGCUGGACUGCAUUGAACUGGUGCGAAAGUUAUAAGGGAGGGCAGAAGCGAUGCGAACCUAAUGUCAUAGACUUUGAAGAACGUCCAGGAGUUUGUGGAGAGUGCAAGGAAAAGAAGUGGGAAGAUUGGGAA